UUUAAGCUAAGGUCAGCAGUUAUAGCAUUGAAUGACUGCAAGAAUCUAGUUGUGCUGGCGCCAAACUUGCGAUUUUUUCCAGCUGCCAAUCACUGCUUCACUGCAUCACUUAAUUUCGUAAUUUUUAGUAUUUGCCACUAUAUAAAAAAGGCUUCUUCUCCUCCUCCUCCACCAGUCACCACCUUCAUCAACAAAAAAGAAUAUAAAAGAAGAAGGAAAAAAAAUAUACUAUCAUUUUUUGCUGCUGCUGUUGAAAUGAUGAAGAGAUUCGCAGUGGUAGUGGAAGAAGGCAAGAAAGGUCGAGAUGGGGAGCUCUCCGUGGGCCCCGUCUACCGGAAUCCUCUCUCUGAGCAUGGAUAUUCCCCCAUUGAGCCGGAGUCGUCCACUAUUUGGAAGAUUUUCAGAUCAUCGGUGGAAAAGCAUUCUGGUAAUAAGAUGCUAGGAUGGCGUGAGUUAGUGAAUGAGAAGUGGGGGCCUUACAAAUGGAAGACUUACAAGGAAGUGUAUGAAGAAGUUUUACAAGCUGGUUCUGCUUUGAGGGCUCAUGGCUUUGAACCUGGUGCUCGAGUUGGAAUUUAUGGAAUGAACUGCCCUCAAUGGAUUGUGGCGAUGGAGGCUUGUGGCGCGCACAGCUUAAUCUGCGUCCCUCUUUAUGAUACACUUGGGCCUGGAGCUGUCAACUAUAUACUAGAUCAUGCUGAGAUAGAUGUUGUUUUUGUUCAAGACAAGAAAGUUAAACAACUCCUAAAUCCUGAAUGUGUUCAUGCUCAGAGGCUAAAAUUGAUGGUUUGCUUCACAUCUUUCACAGAGGAACAAAAGGAGAAAACUGCUGCAACUGGUAUUAAAACAUAUUCAUGGAAUGAGUUUCUUAACAUGGGGAAAGAUAAUCCGUGUGAGAUAUCACCACCGGAGCCGUCUAGCAUAUGCACCAUUAUGUACACGAGUGGCACGAGUGGUGAUCCUAAAGGAGUCGUUUUGACACACGAAAACGUGGUGACUAACAUAAAAGGAGUGGAUCUCUUCAUGGAGCAAUUCGAAGACAAAAUGACUGUGGAUGAUGUGUAUAUAUCGUUCUUGCCCCUUGCUCACAUCCUUGAUCGAAUGAUUGAAGAGUAUUUCUUCCACAAGGGUGCUUCUGUUGGCUACUAUCAUGGGGAAAUCAAUGAAAUAAGGGAUGAUCUUAUAGAAUUGAAGCCGACGUUUUUGGCAGGAGUUCCAAGAGUUUUUGAACGAAUUCAUGAAGGAGUCUUGAAAGCUCUGGACGACCUCAACUGGAGGAGGAGGAGAAUAUUCCACUUGCUUUACAGAUACAAGCUUCACUGGAUGAACAAAGGCUACAAACAGAAAGAUGCCUCGCCCUUGGCAGAUUUCCUAGCUUUCGGGAAGGUGAAGAGCAGGUUAGGCGGGAGGCUACGUCUGAUAGUCUCCGGGGGCGCCCCGUUGAGCAGUGAGGUGGAGGAGUUCCUUAGGGUUACUUCUUGUGCUUUUGUAUUACAAGGCUAUGGCCUAACGGAGAGUUGUGGAAUGUCCACCCUCGGCUACCCGGACGAGAUGUCCAUGGUGGGAGCAGUCGGCUCAACAUUCGUCUAUACUGAGCUACGACUGGAGGAGGUCCCCGAGAUGGGUUAUGACCCCCUCGGGGAGCCUUCUCGUGGCGAAAUAUGCCUGAAACCCAAGUCUCCAUUUGCCGGGUAUUACAAGAACCCGGAACUUACACAAGAAGCCGUCGUAGAUGGAUGGUUCCACACAGGUGACAUAGGAGAGAUGAUGCCUAAUGGAGUAAUCAAAAUCAUUGAUAGGAAGAAGAAUCUGAUCAAGCUCUCUCAAGGAGAGUAUGUUGCUCUUGAACAUCUUGAAAAAGUUUAUGGCAUUACACCCAUUGUUGAAGAUAUAUGGGUGUUCGGGGAUAGCUUCAAGUCGAUGCUGGUGGCGGUGGUGGUGCCGAACGAAGAAAACACGACGAAAUGGGCACAAAAGAGUGGCUACAAAGGGUCGUUUUUAGACCUAUGCACCCUUGAUCAGCUCAAGGAUUACAUCCUUGUUGAGCUCAAGGCUACAGCUGAGAGAAACAAGCUGAGAGGAUUUGAGUAUAUCAAAGGUGUAGUUGUAGAGCCUCAGCUAUUCGAAUUGUCUGAAAAGGAAUUGGUGACUGCAACUUUGAAGAAGAGGAGAGACAGGCUGCUCAAGCUCUACAAGGUGGAAAUUGACGCUCUUUAUAAAAAGUUAAAUGGAUCGAAGUCAUAAUUUAAGAGUGAGCAGCAGCAUUGUGCUUGUGCAACCUCUACUAUAUAUAUCAUAUAUAAAUAGUGUUUGCUUCUCGAUGAGCUCAAAAGCUAAAUGCCUCAUCGAUUUGAAUUUCAAGAUCCUAAACAUUGUGAUUUUAAGAUGGGAGUUGUGAAGAUCGCUAGCUUUCUCUUUGUUAUGUCUAGGCAUAAAAGAUUCAACAUAUUCCUAAUUUCGGUUUCUCAUUUUUUGACCUUUCA